CUCCACGGCCUGGCUGUAGCCGCGGUACCGCAGCAGGGACGCGGACGCUGGCAGCGCAGAGUCCGCGGCGGCGGAGCAGACCGAGGCCAAGACGUUGCCGGCUCCCCGGUUUGGGCCUGGGCUCUUCUUAAGUCAACAGCAGACAGUAUGUGUGACCGACCGAAGAUCCAUGUCUUCCUGGGGGCUCCUCCUCCCUCCUCCUGCUUGGUGCCUGAAGCAGGGACGGUGACAGAAGAUCAUCCCCCUGCUGGCUGGAGACACCUGGAGCUCACCUGGAGGAACGGGCGGCUCAGACCUGCAGCGGACAAGCUUGGAAGUGAGGCGAGAUCGUCCAGAGAGACAGAAAAAACUGACAGGGAUGAUGUGGAAUCACAAAGUCAGGACGAUCCAGUAAGCGCUGGAGAAACAAAACGAGGACAGGAAGGACUAGCGGGGAAAUUAAAUCUCUGUUCCAACCCAAGUUCUCCAAGCACAGAUGUAGAACCGGGUUCCCCAAAGGAGGAUCAGUGCUCAGCUUCGGUUCAUGAGUAUCUAGACAGCUGUUUUCCCACAGUUCAACCAGGACUAGAAAAACCAGGACUUGAACCUGAGCAAAAAUCUAAACCUGAUGUCGAACUUGAACAUGAACCUGACGCUGGACCUGGACCUGGGUCCGAUCACCAGCCAUCACCCGCCGUCCCUCCUCUGUCCAUCCAGACUCACUACCUCACCACCUGGACUCUGAGCCAGGCCUUGAUCCUGAGAGGCAGGCACACCGUCCAGUCAGCAUCCAGCUCUGAGAAGACUCCACCCAAACACAGCCAUACACCUCCAUCCGUCUCCUCCAGCACCCCUGAACUCUUCAGCCCCGCCACCCCAUCACUUGGAGCCUCAACCGAGCUCUUCAGCCACCCAUGUCCAAGUCCAAGAGCUGAGGAAGAAGGCAUCAUCCUCGAGGCCACCACAGAUGGUGUCCUCUGUUCUCAGGAGUCCAGAACAGUGCACGAUUCUCCCAUUAAGUCCCCGAGAAGCAAGAGAGCUCGAAUCUCUGAGGACUCCACGACUGAAGCACCUGACAGUACCACCACCCCCAGGCUCCAAAGUCCCACCACGGUCCUGGCCCGGUGCAACAUAGCCGGGGUGCGAUACUCGAUUCUGGUGGCAGUGGUCUACCCCUCUCACCUGAAGGAGGUCAAGGUGAAGUCCGGACCAUCAGCGGGUACAUUCGUUCCUCUGGCGUCCAUCGUGGUGGCGGACCAAUCAGGCGUUGAGAUGAAAGUGGUCCUGUGGCGGCAGGCGGCUUUCUGGACGUUGACUUUGAGUCCCGGAGACCUUCUGCUCAUCACAGGGCUGCAGGUAAACGAGGACAGGUGGAGAGGAGAGACGGUGCUGCAGUCGACCUUCAGCAGCAAACUGCUCAAUCUGGGUCAGAUCACCGCCUCCACCUCACCUCCAGUUUCCAAGCAUGUUGCUGCUCGUUCUCUCAGCUCUCUGUGUGGUUUUCUUUGGGAGCAACGCCCCCUAUUGGCGUCUUUACCCCGCCGUCCCCCUCAGGACCUGAGUCGCCUCCCCUACGCCACCCUGAGGUCAUUGAGGGUCAACACGCUGGUUCACGCCAUGCUGCGCAUCACACACACACACAUCAGCUCAGAGUGGCGCAGUGACGCGGAGUCUCGCAGCAGGUCGGCAGUCCAACUGAAGGCCAUGGUGACAGUGGAGCAGCCGGGUGGCCAGCAGGGGGCGCUGCUGCUGUGGGGAUCAGCUGUGGACUGGCUGCCUCGCUUCAGCAGAGACAGAGGGUCUGUCUGGGAUUUCCACGUCCUCCUGGUGAGGGAGGGUUUGACCUCCAAUCUCCCAGAGCUGCACUCCACCCCCUGGAGCUCCGUCCGGGCCGUGGACAAAACCGACCGCCGGGUGCAGGACUUCCACUGGAUGUACCACUGCCAGAAAGACGGCAGCAGCGGCGACGGUGCUCUGGAGCUGGACAUCGACACGCUACUGUCUCAGAAAUACAGCGGUGAGGUGGAGCUUAGAGUCCAGCUCAUUACCCUCCGCUUCCAAGAUGCUCUGCCUUCCCAGAAUGCAUCUCAAUUGGUCCUGGACAGCUCCACACCACUGGACGGGAUUGUGGACGUGUUAAGCGGUGACAUCACCUACACUGGCUGCGGGCGCUGCUCCGCCGAGCUUGACACUGACGCCAACGGCAUCUAUAACCCCUGUUACCCCUGUCUGCCCCACACCGCCGUACGCCGCUACUACAGGCCAGGUGUGCUGACUGUGAGUGGGCAAGGCUGCAGCCAGGUGUGUGUUCAGGUUCCUCCUGUUCUUCUGCAGAAGAUCCUCGAAGCUCCUCCUGAUAGACUCCACCGGAGCUCAGCUCCAGGCUCGGAGGUGAAGCUCAUCCAGGUGGCAGCAGAGAAAAUCCAAACCCUCCUCCACCUCCCGAGAAAAACCUUCAUCAUCACCAUCCGAAGCCACUUCCUGUGCGACGAGAACAGCAUUCCCAUCAGUCAGGACUUUAUGCUGCUGGACCUGCAGUUCCCCAGCUGACCUCCAUCAGUAUCAGCUGCAUGAAGCCUCAUUCACAUCUGACUGCAUUUGACUGGAUCUGAAACUGUCCUUUAUAAGACUCUCAAGGCCAUUUUAUUGAGCCUUUGAAAAUGCAACUACACAAGAGCAAGAGUAGAACGAUUGGAAUAAUCAGUGUGUUUAUCCGCUCUAAUGUGAGCUGCUACAUUAAAGUGCAAAUUAAUUAUUUACAUUAGUUUGUGGGGUUAGAAAAUCAAUAGACACACCCCAACCGGAAAUGACGCUAAACAGUCUAUUAAGAAGAGAAAUUUGAUAUUUUAAAUCAAGAAUAAUCUGUCACUUAGAAAUAAAAGUGACCUGAGAGGUUUUCUUGAAAUUAGCAUGAAGAAAUACUGCAAAAACAAUCAAAACUUAAAACUAGUGGAUUUGUGAAUCAUGUUAGACAAUUUUAUGCUAUUUUGAACAAGUUUAUGUAAUUUUGUGCAAGUUUUGGGUCAUUUUAGACAAAUUGCAAGUUAUUUUGGACAAAUGAGUAAUUCUAGAUUAGUUUCAAGUUAUUUGACAUGUUUUGGAUAAACUUCAAAUUAUUCUGGAUAUUUUUAGUGUCAUUCUGAACAUGUUUUGAAUAAUUAUGGAAAAGUCUGAAGUUGGUUUGGACACGUUAACUAAUUGUUUACAAGCUUUGCGAUUUUGGAUAUAAAAACACUAAAAUUAGAUUUAGUUUUAAAGCAAAGCCACAGAAUUUAAGAAGAAAAUCAUCUGUGUUUAAACUGCAAUAUGUUUUCAUAUGAUGUGAAAAGACAAAAAUGUACAUAACAGCAGUGUUGGUCUGAACGAGCCGAGGCACCGAUUCACGUAUCAUGCACUGAAAGCAAUACCUCAGGGAGCUGUAUCACUGAGCGUAUCGCUUUAAGAAAAGUCACGUGACCGACACAGUAACUGUGUCGUAUUGUAUCAUGUUGUAUCACGUGUCCUCGAGGCGCCAGUUCUACUUGAGGAAGUCCAGCACCCAUCGACUCACUUGUUGCUUCGACGCUGUUCAUUGCUAUGGAACCUCCGAGAAAGAGAAAGUACUCUGCCGUGUGGGAUCAUUUUGACCUUAUAUCACCUGAUAAGGUAAUUUCUUUGUACUUCGUUCCAAUUUAAAUGGCUGACAAAAUCUGUAGUGUAUAUUUUUAUGAUCCACAGGUUAAAUGUCGUCUGUGUUCAACGGAGUUGUCUUAUGCAACCCGAAACACAUCAUCAAUGCUACGGCAUUAUAAAGCUCGUCAUGAAAGAGAAGACAAUACACCAGGAAUGGAUACUGCCUCUAGAAAACAGGCCCUCAAUCGAUGCAUUAUAAAUAUGAUAAUCAAAGAUUGCCAACCUUUAAGCAUCGUUGAGGACGAGGGAUUCAGGGAGAUGCUCCAGACUCUUGAGCCAUCAUACGCAAUACCAACCAGAAAGGCUCUAAAGGAAAUGGUUUCUGAGAGAUAUGCAGCAGAAACCCAGAACAUUAAGGAAAAAUUACACUCCACCAAUGCAAUCAGCCUUACAGCAGAUAUGUGGACUUCAGUAAACAUGGAGGCCUACUUGGCUGUGACUGGCCACUUCUUUGACACUGAAAAUAAAAUGUGCACCACUGUGCUGGGAGUUAAAUAUUUUCCCAAGAGCCACACAGCAGAGAAUAUUGCUGAGGUCACACAAGAUCUGAUUGACAGCUGGGCCAUCACAGGGAAGGUUGCACGCUUUGUAACUGAUGCCGGGGCAAAUAUGAUCGCGUCUGCAAGACUAUUAAAAAUCGGGCAUAGUCCUUGCAUCGCACAUACUUUAAAUUUGAUUGUUAAAAAAUCUUGCGAUCAAGUGUCAGACCUAACUGAUAUCCGACAUAAAACCAAAAACAUCGUCACCUAUUUUCGUUCCAGCACUCUUGCCAAGGAAAAGCUGAGUCACGUGCAGCAACAAAUGCAAAAACCAAUUCUGAAACUCAUAAAUGAAGUUCCUACACGCUGGAACAGCACAUACCAAAUGCUGUCAAGAAUAGCAAGCCAAAAAGAGCCUGUUUGGGUGAGUCUGGCAUCUUUAAAAACACCAUUGCCUGCACUUACUGGAGAGGAGCAUGACAUCAUUGCAGAAGUCCUGAUUGUGCUUGCCCCUUUUAAUGCUGCUACUGUGGAGCUUUCAGAGGAGAAGCGAGUGAGUGGGAGCAAAAUAAUCCCGAUGAUGAAAAUGCUUCAUCAUACAAUGCAAAAAUGUGCUCCAUCUCUGGAAACAUCAGUUGGAAAAAAACUGCGUCAUGAACUCGACAAAAGAGUAACCGAAACCUUGAACAAUUAUGAAUCUUCCAGUCAUCUGUCUCUGGCAACCUUAUUAGAUCCACGAUUUAAAGCCCUUGGAUUCUUAAAUGGGACCAAAAUAAAUGAUGCUGUGAAGAAACUAAAAUCUGAAUGUGCUGCAGAGAUGAGAAUUUCUGGGCCACCUUCGGCACCACAGGAAGAUCAGCCUGGCCCCUCAUCUCAUUUGCCAGCAUCUUCUAUGUCAGACAACCUGUGGCAACAGCUGGACAUGGAGGUGGCCCGUACUCGAACAAGUACAAGUGUUGUGGCUGAUGCCAUGAUAGAAGUACAAAGAUACCUUUCAUCAGCAAACAUUCCCAGAACCGAAGAUCCACUGGAAUACUGGAAAUCUCAAAAGAAUACCUACCCACACUUAUUCAAACUGUCCCAAAAAUAUCUGUCUACUCCAGCCUCAUCAGCUCCUUGUGAACGAAUUUUCUCCAAAGCUGGAGAAAUUGCAUCCAAGAGAAGAAAUCGUUUGAGCCCAAACAUGCUUCAAAAACUUCUCUUUCUGAAUAAAAAUGUUUAAUGUUAUGGAAACUCA